AUGGUGUUCGACAUGUACGAGCCGGCUUACCGUUCGGGUACAACUAUCUCGCGACUCCUGGACUCGAUCCGCACCGCUACUGUCAACGGUCCUCUUUCUGAUAUCACCGGCUAUUUCUGCGGUCUCUACCGCAAUGACAAAGUGAACUGGAGUCAAGUUGUGUUCUUGACUACUUGUGUUGUCGCAAUGACUGGAUGUGGCCUUGUGUCGUCGCUGGUGAGGCGCAAGUGGUCGCGCUCGCCUUUGGCACAGAAGACCUCGCGCAACAACUCCAAGUCUUCUUCUAAGGGGCUUAGUUCCUCAGAAGAGGACGACUACGAAGACGAAGACUACGAUAGCAAUGCAUCUUUGCGCCAUGGCACGAACCCCAAUUACAAACCCAAGGAAGAUUGGCUUUCAGAGCCUCAGAAGCAAAGCUCCGAUGCUCACCAGACAGAUCCCGGCAUUCUCAAGAAAUUCACCACUUAUAAUUCCUACACAACCUCGGUGGCUACAUAUCCUGCCAUUCGUACCUUCUACAGCCCCCACCCUCAGCUAGCUCGACUUCCCACCAAACCCACACCUUUGCCACUAAUUGUGGUUGUUCACGGACUGGGUGGAUCCCUCGCACAGUUUCACCACCUCCUAACGAGUUUGUCAAACAUAGGAUCAUGCUUUGGUAUCGAUUUACCAGGGUGUGGACUGUCCAAAUUUUCGCCCACGGAAUGGGAUGCAUACACUGUGGAAGCCUUGUCGGAGCUACUUGUCGAGGCAAUUGAGCAGCACCGGGACCGCGAGGCCGGCCAGGAAGUCAUUCUGGUGGGACACAGUCUCGGUGCUUCCCUGUGCGCCCUCUUGGCCUCCUCCACAUCGUCUAUUGGCGCGAAACUGAAGGACCACAUUAUUGGGCUCGUGGCAGUGUGCCCACGAGCAUCCCCUCCCUCCGCAGAAGAAACUGCCAAAUUCCGCAAGCUGCUCUAUGUUCCCGGAUUCGCCUUCGACCUCUGGCGUCGAUGGGACAGACGUGGUGGCGAGGAAAGUGCAAGUGUCAUGCGUAUGGUUGGCAGCGAUGCCGACACAGAGACAAGAGACCUGCAAAUUCGGUUCAACAAGCAGAGCAAAACCCCUGUGUGGCGACGCAUGGCGUGGGGAACACUUCCCACUUACAACGAGAAAGGCGAGCCGAAUGGUGGAAUGCCUGGCGAAAAAGUCUGGGCGGGAAUCCGCAUGCCAGUCCUGCUGGUCGCGGGAGAGGCGGACGCUGUUACCAAACCAGUCGAAGUUCAGAAGCUUUUGAAAUUCUUCGGCGACGUUUCGGUCCACACCGCGAUCAACACCAGUGACAGCAGCAUCAUCCCCGACGCUUCGCGAAUUCAUGACCAGAUAUCGGCUCCGGCUAGUGAUCUGGCCAAUGAAAAGGCGUAUGGGCUUCAAGUCUCUGAGAAACUUCUCGAGACUGCCCAGCGCAAGCGGGUGGUCAAAUCGGCAAUUCUGCCGGCGCCCGCAUCUCAUGCACUACUCUACGACCGCGCAACCUACCGCACACUUGCAGGAAUCGUGCAGGAUUUCUUCUCAUCCAACAUAGACAAACGUCUCGGUCUGGGCUGGCAGUUGCAAUGUAUGAACACAUCCGGAAAAUGGGAUGUCAAGAAUCUCGCCAAGUGGCAGAAGGUUGCACCAGUCUCAGAGCGUAUUGCCAACACCUUCGCUGCGAUGAAGAUGCUACGUGAAGUUGACGAGGAACACAACCCGGUGAAAUUCUCGGCCAAGUACCACGACCGCAUCCACGCCGUCAUCGAUAUCAGUCACGAAAGCCCGGUCUACAAUCCGGCCGAAAUGGAGAAGGGUGGUAUUCGCUACUGCAAGCACCCAACUGUAUCCAAGAUUCCUCCAACUCCAGAUGAGACGCGUGACUUCAUCGCCCUGGUCGGCAGCCUCCAAGAGGAAAUUGAUCAAAAGAUGGAGAAGCGCACGGAUGAGGAGAAGUCCUUGCCCCGCCCCUUGGUUGGAGUUCAUUGUCACUAUGGCUACAACCGUACCGGGUUCUUGAUCACUUGUUACUUGAUCGAACAUCUUGGGUUCAAUGUCCAAGAUGCCAUUGAUGAAUUUAAUCGGUGCCGGCCACCCGGUAUCCGACACGGUCACUUUGUUGACACAUUAUUUGUAAGGUAUUGCGUUGGGUUGAAGAGAGCACCUACGCUGUAA